AUGUCAGGGGCCGGGAUUGUAUUUCGAAAGAUCCGCCAUUUUCACCUCGUCAUCACCAUCACAGCUCAGCAGCUUCCCCGACAGCCCGAGCCCGGGCCGCCGCCGCCGCCGCCAGUAACCUCCCCCUUCCUCCUCCUCCCCUCCCCGGCCCUCCCCUCCGGAGAGGUGCACACCCACAUAUCCGGGGAAACCUCCCGCCGGCCCCGCCAACCUUCAAAUGCUCGGGGAGACACCACUGCACACAGAGCCCACGCCGAGACCUUUCACCCCGCCACGGAGGGGAAAUCGCGCUACCUGCAGAGUCCCCAGACCGGCACACUUUUGUUUUGA